GGGCAACCCCCGUCAUCCUGAAUGCACAUAGGUUGACGAGAUUGUCACAGUUAUCGAAUUUGAACGAACGGGAGGUAAGCUUACGGGGCGAAAUGUAUACUUCGUAUUCUGGAAGUGUGGCAGAAUAUUCCACAUGGCCAAAGUUAAGAUUAUGACAUCUCAGCAGUGGAGGUGACGGUGGGCCAGAGAGCGAUCAGAUAGGGUCAGACCGGUUUAGGUAAAGCUUCACAGCCUUAGAGUACGCGAGACAGGCGAGGCGAGACAACGGCCCCCGGGGGGGGGAAGGAAGGGUUCAGUUCCCUAAAAUGACCCUAGACUAGUCAUUGGCCGCUCAUUUCGGACACUUGGCGCAAAGAUUCACCCCAAUUCCCGACUCCGUGGAUUUUAAAUCCAAGCGUAACCCCCUCCCAUCGAACAUCCUGUCGAGUCCCACUGCCUCACCAUGUUGCUUUCCAAACGCAAGCCACACAGAAAACGAUCCUCAACCGGAUGUCGCACCUGCCGGUUGCGUCGCAUUAAAUGCGAUGAAGCGCCCGAUGCCUGCACCAACUGCGUGUCCACAGGUCGUACCUGCGAUGGAUACGAAGCCCACCGGCUUCCCCGAGCGUGUGGUCCUCAAUACAAACAAUUGAAACGGGCGGUAGCUGUAGCACACCCAGCACUCACUCAGGUAGCAUUCGGGCUGCAGUGGGCCGUGACCUCGGACGAGGGUCGAUGUUUGUCGUUCUUCCAGCAUCAAUCCGUGCAGAACAUGGUCGGAUUCUAUGAUUCGUCGCUCUGGCACCGUCUUAUCCUCCGCCUGAGUUACACAGAACCGGCUGUAUAUCAUGCUGCCAUCGCCCUGGGGGCCAUCAAUAAUGCCCAAGACAAGAACAAGGUUGUGCGACCCGGUCAGAAGCUGCAGAGCAUCUGGUACUGGUUUGGACUAGAGCAGGCGGGACGCUCGAUAUCCCUGUUGAACAAACGACACUUUUCGCAGGAUCCUCAAUUCCAGGAGGUGGUGUUAGUCUGCUGUCUCUUGUUUAUCGCCUGCGAGAUGCUCUGCGGUAAUUACGACAACGCAUGUGCACAUGUCCAAGGCGGUCUGCAGGUUUUGCAGAAGCUGAACAUACGAAGGAAGAUCUCGGGUGAAUUCAUCUCACCCGUGGAUCCAUGCAUAGUAGAGACCUUCCUGCAGCUCCAGGCGCAAUCCGUCUUCUACGGGACUGGUGUGCACUUCCAUGUUGACAGUGACCUGGUAUCUGUACACCCGUAUGAGGACUACCUUGGCACAUUUCAGCGUUUGCAAGAUGCAAGACGAGUUUGCGACCCACUCUUGAACACUGGGUGGCCUUUCGCGGCACGCAGCUGGAAACUGUCAGAAGCCGAGAUCAUGGCGGACUAUGCCAUUUUGCAUCAAGAACAGCUUUUUCUCCUCUCUUCCAUGAGCCGAUUUCUGUGCCGAUUAGACUGGCUGACGCGUCAGUCAUAUAGCCAAUUGAGUGACAAAGAACAGCGCGAGACAGACAUGACCACAGUAAACUGCUUCGCCUUGAACUUCGCGCUCAAGACCUCUCUUUUGAGCAGGAACACACCCUUGUCCCCAGAACUUGCCCAGGAAAGCGAAGAUCUGGUUUCCCUGACCGAGUCCGCGAUUCAGAAGCUUCGGGAUUAUCCAAUCAUCACGUUGGAUAGUCCCAUCGUUCCAGCGUUGUACAAUGCAGCAGCAAGAACCCCAGACUAUUCCGUUCGAGUAAAGGCAAUAACUCUGAUGAGGGUAUGGCAGCAUGUAGAGGGCUUCGCAAACACUGCGUUAGUCGCUGACAUACUUGAGGAGGGUCUCAAGAUCGCCUUGAGAAAACUGAGACGAGAGAUGAUCGCGACGUCCUGUGCAUUGCCUACCGGCUUGAUGUUCGUCCCUGCCACAGAUGGGCAGACCUUUGUACGCAUAGGGUACAAGAUGUUUGGUGCCGAGCACGAACAGUGGCUAAGCCUCGAAAAGAGUCCCGCUCUCUUUGACGCUCUACCGUUCAUACAAUCUGCCAGUCAAUGGUCAUGUUUGCGGUCUCUUGGGAUUGUCAAAAGUGCUGGAGCAUAGAAGUGGCGUAUCAACAAGAUGAUGGAGUUAGAAUAUACAUCGACAGAACAAGUCGAGUGACGCAUGAUGAUACCGUACUAGGACAAUUCACCGAAAGAUAGACGGCAACAGGUCUGUGCUAGCUACAGAGUAGAUCCUCACAAGCGCUCGGUACAGGCUUAGCGUUGGGUAACGGGUCGUGUACUUGGCCAACUCGAUUUUCUAUUUUUCUUCUGAUGCAGACUUGUGAAUCGCGAGUCCAGGUAGGAUCAAGUCCUGGGGUCAUUGACGGUAGCUUAGCGGGGUGCACAGGUUUAUAGAAAUCGUUGACAAAUGGUCUUAGAUCUUCAAAUGCUAUUUUCCAUUAUCAGUUUGAAUCCGG